UGCCAUAUUUUUCCCAACCAAAACCAAAACAUAAUAUAGUGCCAUCACAUAGAGUUCAGUUCAGUUCGCAAGGCAGUGUCGCAAGGGAAGUGUAGAAGAUUAUCUCAUCAUGAGCAAGACAAAUAUAACCAACGGAUAUUUUGGUAAAAAGAAGGAGCCAGUGGUCCCACCACAGGGUGUUCGCUGUCAGAAAUGUUUGGAAUAUGGUCAUUGGUCAUAUGAAUGCACAGGCAAAAGGAAAUAUGUGCACAGGAUAACAAGAACCAAAUUGCUGAAGAAGAAAAUGAAACUGUAUGAGAUGAAUAAUGAGAAAACGACAACUCCCAAGGAAAGUAAUAUCAAGGACAAGAAAAAGGGCAAAGAUGACAGUCCAUCUAGUAGCUCAGAUGAUGAUGAGUCCGACAGUAGUAGUGACAGCAGCAGCAGCUCAGAUAGUUCAUCAUCAUCUUCAUCCGCAUCUUCCUCUUCUUCAUCAUCUUCUUGAUAUAAGUUAAGGUUAUUUUGUAAACUAUUAUUUUUCUACUUAUAUAUCAAAGACUGCUGUGAUCUUUUAUCACAUUCUGUAACUGAAUUUGUAAAUACACUAAAUUUAGAAACAUAUUUAG